ACAACUUUGACCUCUUUCAGUUCUGUUUCACUCUCUCAUUCUUCUCUUAAUUUUUAAUUAUUUCUAUAAAGAAUUGAUUGACACGUGGUCAAGUGAAGGCGUUCACUUCAGUUCAGUUUCUUCACACUCCUAAGCUCACUGCUCUUUUUUCAGUUUGGGGGUGAUCGCGUCGACAAUGUUGCUUCUUCCCAUUACCCCAUUAUUGUUGUACUUAUAAAGGUCCAAUCUUUUCUUGUUUUCACUGCCAAAUUUUCUUCCUUUUUCAUUUUCUCUUCAACAUGGAUUCAUCAAACCAGAACCAACCUUGUCCCAACCGAACCUUUAAUCACUUAUACACAAAACCUUGUGCUGAGGGAUCAGAAUCAGGUUCACUCCCUUCCGAGACACCCCAGACGAUGGACCCUAGAGGGUAUCAAUUAGAAGUAUUUGAAAUUGCAAAGAAGAGGAAUACAAUAGCAGUAUUGGAUACAGGUGCUGGUAAGACCUUAAUAGCUGUAUUGCUUAUGAAGAACAUUGGUCAAGCUAUCAGGUCCAGUGGCUCCAAAAAGUUGAUUAUUUUCUUAGCUCCAACCGUCCAUCUUGUCAACCAGCAAUAUAAGAAUAUAAGAGAUCUUACAGAUUUUCAAGUUCAGGAGUAUUAUGGGGCAAAGGGCGUGGACGCAUGGGAUUUAAGUAUCUGGGAGAAGGAAAUUAGUGAAAAUGAGGUACUUAUUAUGACACCCCAGCUUCUUUUGGACGCUCUAAGAAAGGCUUUCUUGAAGAUGGAAUCAAUAUGCUUGAUGAUUAUUGAUGAGUGUCAUCGAGCAACUGGUAACCAUCCCUAUGCAAAAGUAAUGAAGGAAUUCUAUCACAAGGCUGAUGAAAAGCCUAAAAUUUUUGGAAUGACAGCAUCACCAGUAGGGAAAAAAGGUGUUUCCUCUUCUGUGGAUUGUGAGGGUCAGAUAUCAGAACUGGAAAGUAUCUUGGAUUCUCGGAGAUAUACUGUAGAAGAUAGGACCGAGAUGGAGGUAUAUAUACCUUCUGCAAAAGAAAGUUGUAGAUAUUAUGACCAGGCACAAUUCCCUGAUUUGAAUUUGAAGCCAAAGAUUGAAGACUUGUGGUCCAAGUCUGGUGCAUUGUUAUCAGAAUUACAAAGCUCAACUGAUGGUAACUCUAAGGAUGUGGAGAAUAAAUUAAAUACGCUGCAUAAGCGGAUGUCCAAUGAACUUGCAAGAGUCUUGUAUUGCCUUGAAGAUCUUGGCCUCCUAUGUGCUUAUGAGGCUGUUAAAAUAUGGCAUGAAAAUUUCUCCAAAGUCGAAGGAGAGUGUGAAGUUUACCGAAAAGGUUUUAGUCAGUGCAAAGCAUUCAUUGACGUAGUCAUGCAAAUAGUUGAAGAAUCCCUCCAUCUUGAUGAUAACAAGAUUCCAGAGCUUGAUUUUGAUUUUUCAAAGGCAGUAGACCUGGGAUACUUAUCUCCCAAAUUGCUUGAACUUAUUAAACUCUUCCAGUCAUUUGGACAUUCAUGUGAGGUAUUGUGCCUUGUUUUUGUCGAAAGAAUCAUCACAGCAAAGGUGAUUGAAAGAUUUAUAAAGAAAGUUCCACAGAUAUCUCAUUUUACAGUUUCCUAUUUAACCGGAAACAAUACGUCAGCUGGUUCACUGACUGCUAAGAAGCAGAAGGAAACAUUGGAUUCUUUUCGUUCUGGAAAGGUCAAUAUAUUAUUUACAACUGAGGUAAUUGAGGAAGGAAUUCAUGUGCCAAAGUGCUCAUGUGUGAUACGUUUUGACCUACCGAACACAUGUCGCAGUUAUGUCCAGUCUCGGGGAAGAUCUAGGCAGGAUGACUCCCAAUUUAUUGUGAUGUUGGAGAGGGGAAAUGUGGAUCAAAGAAAUAAACUGUUUGACAUCAUCAGGAGUGAGCGAUCCGUGACUGAAGCGGCUAUAUAUAAAGAACAUCAUGCUUCUAAUUUAAGGGUGAUUACGGAAGUGAAAUCAAAUAUAUAUUAUGUUGAGUCUACUGGAGCAUCAGUCAACUUGGACUCAAGUGUUAGUCUUUUAAAUCGAUAUUGUGAAAAGCUCCCAUGUGAUGAGUACCCCCGUGCAAAGCCCAAUUUUGAAUUCCAGCCUUUUGAAGGGGCAUACAGGUGUAAAUUAACAUUACCACCUAAUGCAGCUUUCCAAACAAUAGUCGGUCCCUUGGGUAAAGAUGUCCGUUUGGCAAGGAAUCUCGUCUGUUUAGAAGCUUGUAAGAAGCUGCAUCAGAUGCAUGCCUUAAAUGAUCAUCUUGUCCCUUUCACUGAAAAGCCUCCAAAAGCUGAACAUAGCGUGCAAAACAAAGAAUCUGGUACAGGAUCAGGCGCAGGAACCACAAGAAGAAAAGAAUUACAUGGCACAGCCAGCAUUCGAGCUUUAUGUGGUACAAUUGAAGACAAACUAGUCGGAGCCAAAUUUUAUGCAUAUAGAUUUGAUUUCAAAUGCAGCAUUGUCAGUGAAAUCUUCUCAGGAUUUGUUCUCCUGAUUGAGUCAAAGUUUGACGAUGAUGUUGGAAAUAUUGAAUUAGAUCUUUAUUUGAUCAAAAAAACCGUAAAGGCUUCCUUAUCUUUCUGUGGACAAGUUUAUUUGAAUGCUGAACAGAUGAUGUAUGCAAAAUGCUUCCAUGAGGUUUUUUUCAAUGGUUUGUUUGGGAGAUUGGUUCAUAAGUCCAAAUCAGUAAAAGGAGAGAGGGAAUUCUUGCUUCAGAAAGACACAAAAUCACUGUGGAGUCCACACUUCUAUUUGCUUCUACCACUACAAAAAGGGGAUGAUGAAUCUAAAGGAUCUUUGGAAAUAAAUUGGUCUGGAAUAAGUUCUUGUGCUUCUGCAGUUGAAUUUUUAAGGAACAAGUUUUCAGUGGUUGCUGGAGAUUAUGAUGGGGGCAGUAAAAUUGCGUCACCUUGUGAUGCUAAUUCAUCAAAGGUGGCCUGUGAAGGCACAGAUAAAAUUCACUUUGCCAAUUGUGUAGUUGAUGCUAACAGUAUAAAGAAUCGGGUAGUUUUGGCUAUUCACACUGGAAGAAUGUAUUGUAUUCUUGAAGCAGAUAACAAGCUAUGCGCUGAAAGUCCGUUUGAUGGAAACGAUGAGAAGUCUCCAGAGAACCACAUGACCUUCGCAGAAUACUUCAAGAAAAGCUAUGGGAUUGCUAUGAAACAUCCAGGACAACCUUUAUUACGUUUGAAGCAAAGUCAUAAUGCACACAAUGUUCUUUUGAAUUUCUAUGAGGAAGAUGAGAAGGAUAAGUCAUUGCAAAUUGGCCCAGCAAACACCAAAAUGCCUGCGCAUGUUCACAUUCCACCUGAGCUUUUAUUUAUUCUUGAUGUUAAAAGACAUGUUUUAAAGUCAAUGUACUUGCUACCAUCAUUGAUGCAUCGUCUUGAAUCUCUCACGUUGUCCAGUCAGCUUAGACGAGAGAUAGAUGGUCAGAGUAGCAAUUUCAGCAUAUCUAGCUCUCUGAUUCUAGAAGCACUGACAACCUUAAGAUGCUGUGAAAAUUUUUCAAUGGAACGUCUUGAGUUGCUGGGAGAUUCUGUUCUUAAGUUUGUAGUGAGCUGUCAUCUCUUUCUUAAAUAUCCUAAGGAACAUGAAGGGAAAUUAUCUGAUAGACGGAAGUGGGCUGUUUGUAAUUCAACUCUGCAUAAACUGGGAAUAAAUCGCAAAUUACAGGGCUAUAUCCAAGAUUCUGCAUUUGAACCACGCCGUUGGGUUGCUCCAGGACAGCGUUCUAUACAUGUUGUUUCUUGUGAAUGUGGGGUGGAAACCCCAGAAGUUCCUGUGGAUGGAAAAUUCCAGACUGAAGAUCCAAAAGUUGUGGUCGGAAAGCUCUGUGACCAGGGUCACCGCUGGAUGUGUUCAAAGACAAUUUCUGAUUGUGUUGAAGCUCUUAUAGGAGCAUACUAUGUAGUUGGCGGAUUGAUUGCUGGACUACAUGUCAUGAAGUGGCUUGGCAUUGAUUCUGAGCUAGAACUGUCCUUGGUUGAGGAAGCCAUUGCUGCUGCAUCUCUCCAUACAUAUGCACCAAAACAAGACGAGAUUGCAACCCUUGAAAUGAAAAUUGGGUAUAAAUUUUCUGUUAAGGGACUCUUACUGGAGGCAAUGACACAUUUAUCUGAGGCUGAACUUGGGAUUGGUUGCUGCUAUGAGAGGCUUGAAUUUCUCGGCGAUUCUGUAUUGGAUCUUCUUAUUACAUGGCAUCUUUAUCAGAGCCAUAAAGAUAUUGAUCCAGGAGAGCUUACUGACUUGCGUUCUGCUUCUGUCAAUAAUGACAAUUUUGCUCAAGUUGCCGUUAGACGAAACCUUUACCCACACCUUCUGCUCAGCUCUGGAGAUUUGGUGAGCCAGAUAUCAGAAUAUGUUAAGGUCAUUUCUGAAUCAGAGAGCAGUACCAGAUCACUCCCAGGCGUUAAAGCCCCCAAGGCACUUGGAGAUCUAGUGGAAAGUAUUGCUGGGGCUAUACUAGUUGAUACCAAGCUCAAUCUUGAUGAAGUGUGGAGAAUUUUCAAUCCUCUGUUGUCUCCCAUUGUUACCCCUGAUAAACUUGAAUUGCCUCCGUUGCGUGAACUAACUGAAUUAUGUGACUCUCUUGGAUAUUUUAUCAAAGAAAAUUGUAAAAGGAAGGGAACUACUGUGCAUGCUGAACUUAGUGUACAACUGGAAAACGCACUUUUAGUUCGGAAGGGAAACGGAAUGAAUAAAAAAAUAGCAAAAGGAGAAGCUGCAUUUCACUUGUUGAAAGAUCUCAAGAAGAAGGGAAUUUCUCAUGGCAGUAGCAUGCCAAAGAGAAAAAGAGAGAAUCCUGACUAUCUAUGCGAUUCGUCUAAUCCAGAAACCGAUAUUGGUAUUUGCACUGCUCUAACAGAUGGACAUUCGUCAAAGGCAGUAUCGAAUAAGAGGGCGAAAGUGGAUCAAACUAACACAGCAGAAAUUGCAUCUGCUGUUUCUUUGCCCCACAAAGACUCAUCUCCUGAGGACUCUGAUUCCAUUCCAGUUAUUGCAUCUAUUAAUAUGAAGAAAGGAGGACCCCGAACCACACUAUAUGAACUGUGCAAGAGAUUACAGUGGCCAUUGCCAGAAUUUGAUUCAAUAGAGUAUAAAGAUAGAUCCCUGUUUGAAUCCAGCGAAGGCCUGGAAGGAACAAAGGGAUUCAACUGCUUUGUGUCAAAAAUAACCUUGUGCAUACCGAAUGAUGGUAAUAUAGAAUGCAAGGGAGAAGCUAGAGCUGAUAAGAAGAGUUCAUAUGACUCUGCUGCAGUUGAAAUACUUCAUGAGCUACAAAGACUGGGGAAGCUUAAGAUUGGUGAUGCUUAGUCUCUGCCUCUUGUAUAAGAUAAUAGUAGUACCACAACUUUGUGGCCACAACACAUAAGACACUAUUAUUUUGUGCCAUUGAUUUGACAAACUCUCUCAAAUCAGUGAUACAAGACCAUGGUUUUUUUAUGUAUUGUGGGUGUAAAAUUGUGGCACUAGUAUUACCAAUUUGGGGUGGAGAAGGACGAGUCCUCAGAAACAAAAAAUGUCUCUUGAAGAAGUCCGCCCUUUGAGAGAACUGGGACAUAAUGAGUAAAAAAUCAAUAAAUAAAAAGAGUAGAAAACUCAACACAGGAACACAGGAAGUGGGGGUAUAAUUUUUGUUGUAUAACUUAAAAAU